AUGGCUGCAACUCUGACUAAAGCUUCAGUCAUCACUUCCGCUGCGGGGAUGAGAAUGCCAGUUAUCGGCCUUGGCACUCUGACACGAAGUUCAGAAGAAAAGAUCAGUGAUGACGAAGUGGGAAGAGUUAUCGACAUGGCUAUAGAGGCCGGCUACAGACACAUAGACACGGCCUACAUGUACAACAAUGAGGCGGCCAUUGGGAAAGCUCUCAAGAGAUGGCUGGACAGUGGGAAGAUUAAGAGGGAGGAACUGUUUAUCGUUACCAAGCUACCAAUGGUUGCAAUGAACAAGGACUUAGUGGAAGAAUAUCUUCUACGAUCUCUAAAAUCUCUCCAGUUAGAUUACUUAGAUCUGUUCCUUCUGCAUAAACCUGUGGGUUUCCAGCCUGGAGAAGUUUUAUUUCCUUUAGACCAGAAUGGAUACCUAAAACUAGACAUGAACACCGAUCACGUGGCAAUCUGGAAGGCUAUGGAAGCGCAGGUGGAUGCUGGUAGGACCAAGUUUAUAGGAGUGUCUGACUUCAAUAUUCGCCAAAUGGAUCGCCUGUUGAAGAUUGCCAGAAUCCCUCCUUCCACAAACCAGGUGGAAUGCCACUUAUACUUCCAGCAGAAAGAACUACGAGAGUGGGGAGAAAAGCACGGAGUACCUGUCACUGCCUACGCCUGCCUCGGCUCUCCUGCUGCGGUCUCCGUCUUCAACGGACCCAAGAACAUGACCGAGUCUCAACUCAAAUCUCCAAUGACAGAAGAUGAUGUGGUGCACAUAGCCAAGGUCCACAAGAAAACUGUAGGCCAAAUUCUGCUGAGACACCUGCUGCAGCUUGGGGUGGCGGUCAUACCGAAAAGUUCUAAUCCUGAACGUCUCAAACAGAACCUGGAUAUAUUUGACUUCCAACUGUCCACUACAGAAAUGGGGAAGCUGAAUGCUUUGGAUCAAGGUGAAGAGGGUAGAAAGUUUUUCGUGUCAAACCUUGGAAAAGGAUACGAUACUCAUCCUGAGUGUCCUUAUCCUAAGUGUCCUGAGCAUCGUAAUUAGAAAAUUUCAGUAUGUUUUGAUACUAUUACAGCAUAUGACGUAUUAUGUUGUGUUCUCCUAUGAUAAUAAAUUAAUAUGUUAAGUCUUACCACUAGAACUAUUGUGUAUAGUGAUUAGUAAAAAAGUCAAUUAUAUACAAUAUAAUGUACAAUAAAAUGUUGCAUCCUUCAA